AUGGACCUCCCUGACUUUUCCAUAUCGACCGAGGGAACCAAUGUGACAACUUUGACACCCUUACUUUACAAUGAUGUUUUUACUACUCGUUGGGCAUCCACAUCGCCGGGCAACGGCAAGACUGACGCAGCUACAUGGGCCCCCUUUUCCCGCCUCCCCAUCGAGUUGCGCCUCCACAUCUGGCUGCUGGGACUCCAACAACACCGCAUGAUUGAGCUGGACAUCCACUCCCCAGCCAACGAGAAUGCCACCACGUAUCCCGGCGAUGCCUCUCAGUCUCGGUACUACACGCGCCGCAACUCUCUCGGCAACAUCGUGAGCGGCCGCGGCUAUGCAUUGCGUCUCAGCGGCGGCACCUCCCAUUAUCCCGUGUCCCUUGUCAGUCCGCUUCUCUCGGUCAACCACGAGGCCAGGCGGGCCGCGCUCAGCUUCUACCACGUGCGUCUGCCCUUCCCCGGACCGCACAUGACGAAGGAGGGACGCAUACUCUACUUGAACGCCGAGUACGACGUCAUAUGUGUCGGCCCCCGACAGCCCGACUUCUUCCCGGACGACUACGAAGGCUAUUACCCGCGGGUCGCCACCGUACUCGUCGACUUUCUACACGAUGUGAAAGCCCAUGACCCCAAGGGACAAGGCGUUGCCCACCUUGCGCUACGUUCUGAUUACCUUCUAGACCUCUUCGGCAGGGAGGCCGUGCCCCUGUCCCCGGCCAUCCUCCACCCAACGGCAGCGGCAUCCUUCACCGACAUGCUCCGCCGCACCCUGCGCUCCGUCCUCUGCGUCGUCGGCUUUCGCCACCAAACCCGAGGCCUGGGCGAGUUCCCCACAGCCAACUGGCGCUACCACUUCGCCCAGACAUUCCCGCUCUGCAGGCGCGGUAACCCCACGGGCACCUUCCGCUGGCUCGCGACCGACCCUCGUCCCGGUGUCGAGCUCGACCUGCGCCAGCUCCCCCUCAACGCUUAUGACGAGCCUCAUUGCAUCUCACAGCGCUGGCAGGAACUAAAAGCCGCCUUCAGCCUCACCAACGGCCAAGGCGCACCCCAAGCUGGCAAGAACAAGGACAACAACAACAACACUAACAAUAGCAACAGAGACAGCAACAGCAACGACGGACCACGCCUCUACAUCUGCCCCACCCAAAAGUGGCCAUCCAGCCUAGCACCGCAAGACUUCAUCCGCCCAGGGGAGGAGGGCUCACGCCAGGAGCUAGCGAGACACCUGCGCUUCGAAGAGCAGUGCUGGCUGCGCGAGCUCAAGACGUUCACCGACAUGUUCCUUCAGGGGGGGACGACGACAACGACGCACGUGCCGCCGAAGAAGCACGACAUGAUGAUGAUGUUCGAUGACGACUUGGCGGACGCCGAGACGUUAGAGACGAUGGAGAGGGUCCCCGUCACGGCCGUGGGUAUGUGGGUGUUCCCGGUUGAGGUCUUCGACGGCAGGCAGCCUACCGUUCCGCAGCGGAAUUGUUGGGAUGUGUCCGGGGUGCGGCCGGGGUUGUUUUUGUUUGAUGUUUGA